AUUGAAGGCCAGCCUGGCCUACAUAGCAAGACUGUCUGAAAAACAAACAGCCCCCUGCUGACUACUAGUAUCAGUUUCUUCAAGUGGGCUAAUACCAGCUUUGUCCAUCUCUUUAAUUACUGAGCCAGACUGUUCUUUAUACCGCUCAGAUGGAGGUGGGCUUUGGACAUGAAGGACUGAGGACAAGUCCAGUGUUUAUUGUUACUGGGGGUCCACCCAGCAGACCAACAGAGAGCCAAGAAUUUCCAAUUCCUUUAGUAACUUGGAGCUCUGGGAGCAUCUAUCCUCUCAGGAAAGCUGGGAAAGGUGGCCUGCUCUUUGAGAUACUAUUUUCCUUAUCACAGUGUAUUGUAAUUAUAUAAUCCACUUGCUUCCCACUAGAUUAUGAGUUCUUAAAGUAUACAACCCAUGUUUUAUUUAUCCUGUUUAGCGCUACCAUUCUCGCCCAAGCCAUCAUUCUGCACUCGGAUAAUGAAGCCUCUGGCUUCUACUAUUGUCCUACUACUGUCUGCUCUUAGCAAAGCAAGCCAGAAAGAUGUCAAGAUCCUCACAGUGGCCUACAAGACCUCCCCCGCCCCGCCCUGAUCUUCAAUCUUAUUUUCUAACUCUUCUGGCCUCUUCACUAUUUCUAACAUUCUCAGGACUGCUUUUGCCAUACCUGCACGGUUCCUUCCCUCAGCUCCUUCAAGUCUGGUUAAAGUUGUGUUAUAGAUGGGACUCGCCCUGAUAGCUCUAUUCAGUAUUUCACUGUUUCCUCCUCCAGUGCUCCUCAUAACCCGUACCCUAUUUCUUCCUAGAGCACUCAACACCUAACAUACUUCAUAGUUCUCUUUGUCUCCAUACUAGAACGAAAGAUCCAAGAGGGAGAGCACUUUUCCCUCUCUUCUGCUCACUGAUACAUCUUGAGUAAGGAGUACGUGACGACUAAGUAUCCCCAGGACGCAGGGCAUGGAGAUGCCUGGCAAAGGGCAGGUGUUUAAUAUUUGCUGAAGGAAUGGAGUGCUCAGGUCUUGAAAUACUGCGGUCUUUAUCAAUCCCUUUGAGAGGAAAAAGUUUCCAUAGCCAAAUCACUCAGGGCUCUUAGGCCUCUCAUCCAAUCAACCCGGCAUUCAUCUAAAGAAUGCCCCAGGGUCCAAAUACUGAACGUCUACCGAGUUCAAGUGUUCUUAGUGCCGUAUGGAGAAUGUUAAUGAAGCAACAGCAAAUAAUAUAGCAAUGUAAUUAAGUGGGAAAUACAAGGAAGAUUAUCAGUGCCAAUAGUUUAGAGAAUCAGGGAUGACUGACGUAGAAGUAAAUUCCAAAGUCCAACAGGCGUCGGAACUGCCUUUCUUAAGGCUCCACCUGUGGAUUGCAGGACCAUAACCCGGCCAGUGAACCUGAGCGUCAGAAGGGACUUGAGUUCCAAGUCCUCGGUUUAAAGUAGAGGGAAAGUAUGACUACGCACAGGAGAGGACACCGCAGAGGUGGGCCUAGAACCCAGGGCGUGUGAGGUUUCGAAAGGCGGUGUCCCGAAGGAAGUCCGCCUCCGCCCGUGGCGGCCUGUCUCCUCCGCCGCGUGCCAGGUCGCGAGCGGGCCCCGCUUGGCGCAGAAGCUGAGGUGCCUGCCACUACGGUGAGGUGGCAGAGGUUGGAGGGCGGGGGGAGGUCACGAGGCGACAUUCCUGUGGUGCACGGGGCCCUCGGAAAGGGUCCGAGGCCGCCUGUCCUUGCCAUCAUCAACUGCGGGGCAGCUUCUGCCACUUCGCUCCCCAGGUGUCACUCCGAGGCACAGGGACCCCACGUCGCUCGGAACUGUGGGUCGCAGUCGUUAACACCGGGUACGCAGAGGGAGAACCGCGGAAGUCCCAGGGCACUAUUUGUCCCGGCGGAGGAAUCCUGUAUUCUCUUUGUGGCCAGAUGGGUUUGUAUGGACAGGCUUGUCCAUCUGUAACUUCAUUAAGGAUGACAUCUGAACUGGAGAGCAGCCUAACCUCUAUGGACUGGUUACCACAGCUCACCAUGAGAGCAGCCAUCCAAAAAUCUGAUGCGGCACAAAAUGCACAUGGAACAGGAAUUUCUAAGAAGAAUGCACUCCUUGAUCCAAAUACAACUCUGGACCAGGAAGAAGUUCAGCAGCACAAAGAUGGGAAACCUCCAUAUAGUUAUGCCAGCCUCAUUACAUUUGCUAUUAAUAGCUCACCAAAAAAGAAAAUGACUUUAAGUGAGAUUUAUCAGUGGAUUUGUGAUAACUUUCCAUACUAUAGAGAGGCUGGCAGUGGUUGGAAGAAUUCCAUACGACAUAAUCUGUCACUCAACAAAUGUUUCCUUAAAGUGCCUCGAUCCAAGGAUGACCCUGGAAAGGGAUCCUACUGGGCAAUAGACACCAAUCCGAAGGAAGAUGCGCUGCCUACUCGGCCAAAGAAGAGGGCACGAUCUGUAGAACGGGCCUCAACUCCAUAUAGCAUAGAUUCAGAUUCUUUGGGAAUGGAGUGUAUUAUUUCGGGAAGUGCCUCUCCAACUCUGGCAAUCAACACUGUGACUAACAAAGUAACAUUGUACAAUACUGAUCAGGAUGGUAGUGAUAGCCCACGCAGUAGCCUUAACAACAGUCUCUCAGACCAGAGUUUGGCAUCUGUUAAUUUGAACAGUGUUGGAAGUGUGCAUAGUUAUACACCGGUGACAAACCAUCCAGAACCAGUCUCUCAAUCAUUAACUCCUCAGCAGCAGCCACAGUACAACCUUCCAGAACGAGACAAGCAACUACUUUUCUCAGAAUAUAAUUUUGAAGAUCUUAGUGCCUCAUUUCGGAGCCUUUACAAGUCAGUUUUUGAACAGUCACUUAGUCAACAAGGUCUGAUGAACAUCCCUUCUGAAUCUUCCCAGCAGUCCCACACUUCGUGUUCCUACCAGCACUCUCCCAGCAGCACAGUGAGCUCUCACCCACACAGCAACCAAAGCAGCCUGUCCAACAGUCAUGGUAGUGGCCUCGGUACUACAGGCAGUAAUUCAGUUGCACAAGUCUCUCUGUCCCAUGCUCAGAUGCACACACAGCCAUCUCCACACGCACCCCACCGGCCGCAUGGUUUACCGCCACAUCCGCAGCGUCCUCAGCACCCAGCCCCACACCCACAGCAGCACAGCCAGCUCCAGUCACCUCCUCCCCAGCACCCUUCUCCACAUCAACACAUACAGCACCAUCCGAACCAUCAGCAUCAGACGCUGACACACCAGGCACCCCCGCCUCCACAGCAGGUAUCCUGUAAUUCUGGUGUUUCAAAUGAUUGGUAUGCCACACUUGAUAUGCUAAAAGAAAGCUGUAGAAUUGCCAGCAGUGUUAACUGGUCAGAUGUAGACCUUUCCCAGUUUCAAGGUCUGAUGGAGAGUAUGAGACAGGCAGAUCUCAAGAACUGGUCUUUAGAUCAGGUUCAGUUUGCUGAUCUCUGUUCUUCCCUUAAUCAGUUCUUUACACAAACUGGCCUUAUCCACUCACAGAGUAAUGUGCAGCAAAAUGUUUGUCAUGGUGCCAUGCAUCCAACAAAACCCUCCCAACACAUUGGAACAGGAAAUUUGUACAUAGACUCCAGGCAAAAUCUCCCUCCUUCAGUGAUGCCGCCCCCGGGUUAUCCUCAUAUCCCACAGGCGCUUAGCACUCCAGGAACGACGAUGGCAGGCCAUCACGGAACCAUGAACCAGCAGCACAUGAUGCCUUCCCAAGCCUUCCAGAUGCGGCGCUCCCUGCCCCCAGAUGACAUCCAGGAUGACUUUGAUUGGGAUUCAAUUGUGUAGGGUUUGUUUCUGUAAAGCCUCAGACCCCAGCGUCUCUGCAGUGAAGGGAAAGGUUUAAGAGAAUCCAGAUGAGAAAACAAGGUUCCUGAUCACUUACCAAUGUUAUCAGAAAUUCUUUUGAAGACAAUCAAAACGAUUUUAGCUGGAUAACUUAAUUGCUUUUAUCUGACCCAGACAAGUACUACAUGUUUGUCUCCCUGCCAACUGCCCUAUGUAGCUCCUAACUGUUGUGUGAUUUGGACGGCUUUUUGCAUAUUUGUGUCAGUUUGAUGUUAACCACAAGUGCCAGACUGAUUUUUCAGACAGAGCCUAUUUUGCUGCAAGCAGUUUAUAGAUACAUAUGUGUAAAUAUAUGUACAAAAAUUACUGAAAGGCUUCAGUUUUUCUAAUUGGAUUAUUAUGUAUUGAGAGGAAAGUUACUGUCAGAUUUUAUUCCUUGUUAAGCUAUUUUCUGCAGGAUGCAUUUAAUUAAGGUAGGGAACUGAAAGGAAAUAGAUUUCUCCAAAGCCCAGUUUCCCUUAUUUAAUCUUUUUCAGAAAUGUGGGUAUUAAGAAAUUCUAUUUAGUAAAUCAAGAAACCAAGAGCUUGUGUUGUCCUGAGCAGCGUAAAGAACUGACCAAAAUUGUUUUGAUGUUGGGGGAGUAUAGAGUAUAUGUUGUACUUAGUUGAUGUCUGUUUCCUACGUCUGCAUUGUAACAGCUCUGAAAUUUGUUUGAUUAGAAGCCAAGCAUUACUUGGGUCUUUAAGCAAAUCAAUGCCUCUACAUUCACUUACGUAUUUAUUAUUCAAGGGUGCGGUUAUUUUAAAAUAUUUAUUGCCACCUUUAUGAAUGCUCAGCUUUUAUUGGAUUUGCUAAGGCAAAAUGUGGUGUCUGAAAGCACAGAAUUGUUUUUCUUGGUAAGAGUUUACAGAUGAGACAAUCAAAGGGACAGUUGGCCAGACGUGGUGCCACACGCCUGUAAUCCUAGCAUUCGGGAUGCUGAGGCAGGAGGAUCAUUGUGAGUUUGAGGCCAGCCUGGGCUACAAAGUGAGUUCAAGGCCAGCUUGAAAUGCACAGUGAGACCCUGUUUCAAAAAGACAUUUGUCAUUCUCUAAUCCAACUACUUUACCAGGUAAAUACACUUCUUUCUCUUAGCAUUCCUGCUGGUUAAGAUGUAAUAGCUAAAUUGGGCUUUUCUGGAAUUUGAAUCAGAGCCCAUUUGGGCAAGAGAACAGCAGGGCAGGGUUUAGAAAGCAAGUUUCCUCAGUCGUUUUUUUUCCAUUUAGGAAGCACUGACAGGAGGUAGGGCUACAAAUAGAAGUUAUUUGCCUCAGUAUUUAGCGCAGUUAUAAAGUGGCCUGCUAUUGCUGUGUUGUCCUGUGCGCACCUGAAAUUUGGUCACUUUCUCUGAAAGGAAGCUCUUCUUUUAGGGGUUUUUAACUGUUCUGUUUCAUGUCUUAUUACAGUUCCUUUGCAUGGAUUGUCUUGAGUUUUCUAAUGGAACUAGAAGAAAUAAGAGUUUUUUCUUAAUGAAUAGGUUUUGAAUUAAUUCUUUAGAAACACCCCCCUCCCAGUCUUUUCCAUUGUAGUGGGGAAAGGGUUCCACCAAAUUGAGGAAUAUGUGCUCACUGGUUGCUAUUUUAGCAUCUCUGAUCUCUAUCAGCCAUGCUAAUCACUUUAAUUAGCCUUAGUGAUUCUUUGAUUGAGUAAUCUCUACUUGAAAUAAAGUUUUGUUUCUCUGUGUAUGUAUGUUUGAGAGAGGGCAGGAGAGAGCGGGUGUGUGUGAACAUAGAUUCUUUUUUUUUUUUUUUAAAUGGAGUGUUGCCUUCAAUGAAUCACUGGGAAGCCGGCCGUGCUAAGGGCUGGUGAGGUUGGAGAAGAAGGGAGAGCUUUGUGUUUCUCUGUUGUUUGGACCCUGCUUGGCAUGAAAAGGAAGCUCAGUUCCAGGCCCUAGGAUCAGUGAAGAGGAUUCUGGAAAAGCAACCAACAGGCCCCUCUUAGAAGGAUCAAGGCAGAAGGAGAUUGCAGCCUGCAGAGUAAAAGCUUGAAAAAAGGGGGUGAUUUUCAAUAGUCUACUUGAGUCACUUUUCUAGACACCAAAAUUGCUAUUUUGAAACGGUCUGAAUUGCUUGGAUAGCGAUGUGCACUUUAAACUACUUGGGUAUUGGAAUGCAGCCUCUUAAACUGAAUGAGUAAGGUAGAACCACUGACUGUGAUUUUACAAAUUAUGUGAAGCUGAUUUCCCAUUCGGCAGUCAUUUACUGAUUUUCAGUGGUCAAUAUUUCUAUGAGUAUUUUAAACUUACCGAGAAUGGCCCUGGAGGCAAAGUCUCCACCCAUACCUGUCCCACUCUCCUGUCAUCCAGGUGGCCCAGGGGCUGUGGGCCUGACAGGGCUACCUGGCGAGGUGCAGAGUCCCUCUAGCGGCCAUUUCUGUUGGUAAUUGCUAGCGUAGAGUACAUUCUGUCUUGGGCUUAAAUUAAAGACUUUUGGGGGAAACAAUAAUAAAUGCCUGUAAUCAAACAGGGACACUCUGUCCAGGAGAAUAAUCCGACUGGCAUUUGUGGCAGUUUUUGAAAUGUAAAUGUAUUCACGUGUGUUUUUGUAAAUAUGUGUCUCUCAAAUGUCCUUUGAAGUGGGAGGGAAUCAAUCUGGGGAUAAUUUCAAACGGAAUAGAGUAUUUUGAUAUUGUUCAUUCAGAGGGUGAUGUGUACAUAUCUAUAUUGUAUAUAUGUGAUGAAAAUGCAUUGGCUUUUUGUGCAAACACAACCUGCUUUCUGUACUGAUGUUGGACAGUGUUUUAAUGUUUCUACAGUUUUGCUAUUGCACGAUUUCAUAUUCUGCCUCUAUGAUGAACGACACCCAUCCUUUGUAACUGUUUAGUGCUGUAAAGAAAUAUUCCAAGUGUCAUUAGGAUUGUUGCUGCCAGAACUGAUAUGCAUGAAUGGCACUUAAAAUAAAUAUAUUAUGUUAACUCAAUUUA